AUGGCUCCAAAAGACUUACAGCCUGAACCGAAGGAUGAAUCGAAAAUCGAUGCACAACUUGAAUUUUUUCAAAGUUCAAUGAAAUAUUGCAUUAUAAGCGGUCAAUAUUUGGGUAUUUUUCCUUUCGUGAAUAUGACAGGAAGAGACGUCCAAAAUGAUGUACUAGCAUCUCAAUGGCGGGCCUUGCGUGAAGAUUACAACCGAGCAACCCUAUUGGUCCAUUUCUUUGAUGACGCCAUUAACAGUAUUAUCUUUGUUUUUACUGCGGUUGAUCUUUUUUAUGUGUGUUCUCAGCUUUAUUUCUUAAUUGGAUUUCUUAUUGGCUACGAAUAUUUAACAUAUCUAAUUAUUUCCGUAACUUUUUAUGUCAUACGGUUUUUUACGGCUUUGCUUGUUGCUGCAAAGAUCCAUACCGCCUCUAUUGAGCCUGUUUCAUCACUUUAUAAUGUUUCGACAUCGUCAUAUUGUAGUGAGGUGCAAAGGUUUAUUGAGAAAAUUAACAGCGAUACCGUAGCGUUGUCUGGACUCAACUUCUUCUAUAUAACGAGAGAAACGGUUCUUUCUUUGAUCGGAACCAUCGUGACGUACGAGCUGGUUUUGCUGCAGUUCAACAGAAAUUAGAAUGCAGAACGUAUUUUUACUAAAAUAAUUAAAAAUAUUUUUAGUGCUAUAACGUUUUCGUGUUCAAUUGUUUGCUUAACACAGAGUGAAUAUUUAAGCUUAUUUUGGAUUGACUUUGCGUGGAAAAUAAUUUUAAUAUAGAGAUGAAUAUUA